UAUAAUCCCAAAGUUCGUCAUGCUAAUGUGGCCGAUGCCACAAAAUGUCAACCUAUAAUCUUGGUAGCUGAUGAAUUAGUUCCACUGAAAAGAUCCGUAUAUAGAAAAUUAAGAAACAAGGAGUUAGAAAAAUUGGUAGAAAAAUUUAGCCCACUCCCUAAUAAAAACCAAUCUCGCAACAUAACAGAAAGGGUAAACGAUGACCCACAAGAAGAAAGCUCUUCAAGGACGAAAAGAUUGAGACUUGCAAUAGAUGAAAUUAACAAAAAAGCAGAAGAUCAACAAAAUGCUGUAGACUUAACUCAAUCUGAUGAACCUCCACAUGCCAGAGUUGAAACCGAUACUGACGGCCUAUAUUCAGAUGAAGAACAACCAAAUAAUCUUGAUGAUGAUGAUAAUACACUCUAA